UGCGUCUGCGCAGUGCGCUUCUGAGGGCCCGAGCUCGGGCGACGUGUGUGCGUGCGUGCGUGCGUGCUCGUGUGCGUCCCCGUUUAGUCCGGUUGUGGUUCGGUCGUCCCCGGCGCGGAAUUGCUGCCGAAGGGGCCGAGGUUCCUUGUCUGUGGGUACAGAGUCGAGUCUUUAAAAAAUACAACAUAAAAAUGGCUUCGAAAAGAGCUCUGGUCAUCCUGGCCAAAGGAGCAGAGGAGAUGGAGACAGUCAUCCCCGUAGAUGUCAUGAGGCGAGCUGGAAUUAAAGUCACCAUUGCGGGUUUGGCUGGGAAAGACCCAGUACAGUGUAGCCGAGACGUCGUCAUUUGUCCCGAUGCCAGUCUGGAAGAUGCAAAAAAAGAGGGACCUUAUGACGUAGUGGUUCUGCCGGGAGGCAAUCUGGGUGCGCAGAAUUUAUCUGAGUCUGCUGCUGUGAAGGAGAUACUGAAAGAACAAGAAAAAAGGAAGGGCCUCAUAGCUGCCAUCUGUGCAGGUCCUACGGCUCUUUUGGCUCAUGAAAUAGGUUUUGGAAGCAAAGUUACGACACACCCACUUGCUAAAGACAAAAUGAUGAAUGGAAGUCAUUACAGCUACUCCGAGAACCGUGUGGAGAGAGACGGCCUGAUCCUCACGAGCCGCGGGCCUGGAACCAGCUUUGAGUUCGCUCUCGCGAUCGUCGAGGCACUGAACGGCAAGGACGUGGCUGACCAAGUGAAGGCCCCGCUCGUUCUUAAAGAUUAGAGCAGACAUCUUUGAUCAGAAGUAGAGAAACAGGCCGUUUGUAAUCAUUCUCGCCACGUUCGCUUGAAGCAAAACGUGCGGUUCCCGUGCAGAGUUUC